AUGGGUCUUGUCGAAGCCUUUCUAGAGCAGGCCUCUUUCAAGGCCAUCUUUCUCAUCGCUGCCGCCUUCUAUACCAUCUAUUACAUCGGAUGCCGCAUAGACGAGCAUAUACGGAUCCGUCGUCUCGGGCGCUAUGGGCCGUAUCUCAGAACUUACGCUCCAUGGGGCCUAGACCGCAUGGUCAAGUUCGUCUACGCGACGGCGAAGCACCGAAACAUGGAGGUCUGGCGUGACACCAUCUUUGGCGCUCACAACUCAUGGACCGUCGAAUCGCGGUUCCUGGGCGUUCGCACCAUCUUCACUGCCGACCCUUCAAACGUCAAGGCUAUCCUCGCGACGCAGUUCGGCGACUACGGUAAGGGCGAGCCCUUUCACCGCGAAUGGAGCGACUUUCUAGGUGACAGUAUCUUCACCACCGAUGGUGCCAAGUGGCAUGCCAGCCGGCAUCUCAUCCGACCACAGUUCACCAGAGACCGCGUGAGCGACCUACACUGCUUCGAGUCGCAUGUUCAGACGCUGUUCAAGGCCAUUGCCAAUGGAGGGCCGCUACUAGGUGAGGCUCAGGUUGUGGACAUGGAUAGUGUGGAUGGAAAGGAGCUGGAUAUCAGUGAUCUCUUCUUUCGCUUCACUCUUGAUGUGACGACCGAGUUUCUCCUAGGUUCAGACAUCAAGUCUCUAACAAACCCAAAGCAAGAGUUCGCAGAGGCCUUCAACGAGAUCCAGCACAUCCAAAACGUCGUCGCCCGCACCGGCAAGCUCCGCCACUUCUAUCCCAAGCCCCGCUUCUGGCACUGUCUCGGCGUCGUCGACAACUUUAUCAACAAGUACAUUGACCGGGCGCUGCGCCUGAGCCCCGAGGAACUCGCCUCCAAGUCAAAGGACGACCACGGCUACACGUUUCUACACGCCCUGGCCGGCUUCACGCGAGACCGCAAGGUUCUCCGUGAUCAGAUCAUCGCCGUGCUCCUUGCUGGUCGUGAUACUACCGCUUCGACAUUGUCGUGGGCUCUCUAUGAGCUUGGUCGUUAUCCUCAUGCUGUCGCCAAGCUGCGUGCUGAGAUCCUGUCUACCGUGGGCCCGAACGAGACUCCGACGUAUGAGCAUCUUAAGAACAUGCCCUACCUCAAAUCGAUCCUCAACGAGACUCUCCGUCUAUAUCCAUCCGUUCCUUUCAACGUCCGCAUAGCUCUCAAAGACACGACCCUCCCCCGAGGUGGUGGCCCUGACGGCUCCGAACCCCUGCCCGUCCUCAAAGACUCUCCCGUGGCAUACUCGACGCUCGUAAUGCAGCGCCGCUCAGAUCUAUAUCCCCCCGUGUCAGAGAAGUUUGCCGAUCCUCAGAUAUUCAGCCCGGAGCGGUGGGCACACUGGUUCCCCAAGCCUCACGACUACAUCCCCUUCAACGCGGGCCCGCGUAUCUGCAUCGGCCAGCAGUUCGCCCUGACCGAGAUGAGCUACACCCUCUGCCGCAUGUUUCAGAGGUACGAGCGCGUCGUGAGCUACAUGAAGGAAGUCGAUGGUGGAAAGCCGCUGCUCAAGGCGGAUAUUGUGCUGUCGCCGGGGCAGGGUGUCAAGGUGGCUUUCUGGGAGGCGGCUCGCGCGUGA